AAAAAUAAAAAUAAAAAUAAAGGAGGAAGAAGGAGAAGACUUAAACGCCUCCGUCGAUAAUCGGAGACCAUUCGACGGGGCGUUUAAGCCGGUCAAAUAAUCGAUUUGUUCAUUUAUAAUCCGAUUCGAGAUCUCUUUUAUCUUCUUAUUUCAAAUUUCUGUAAUAAAGAAAUUAUCUAAGUAACGCACGAGAGAGAUUUUGCGGCGAGAUGGAGAAGUUAAUGAGCAGGAUUCGAAGCUUGGAUGCGUAUCCGAAGAUCAAUGAAGAUUUCUACAGCAGAACUAUCUCCGGUGGCGUUAUUACCCUAGCUUCCUCCAUAGUCAUGAUAUUGCUGUUCAUUUCCGAGCUCAGGCUGUAUCUCCAUGCUGUAACUGAGACAAAGCUUGUGGUAGACACUUCAAGAGGAGAAACACUUCGUAUUAAUUUUGAUGUUACCUUCCCAGCACUUCCAUGUUCCAUUCUCAGUGUUGAUGCCAUGGAUAUAAGUGGAGAGCAGCACCUUGAUGUUAGACAUGACAUUAUCAAGAAAAGGAUUGAUUCUGAUGGUAAUGUAAUUGAAACAAGGCAGGAUGGUAUUGGUGCUCCAAAGAUUGAAAGACCUCUGCAAAAACAUGGUGGUAGGCUUGAACACAAUGAGACAUACUGUGGCUCAUGUUACGGUGCAGAAGCGUCAGAUGACCAUUGUUGCAACUCUUGUGAAGAUGUUCGUGAAGCUUACAGAAAAAAGGGCUGGGCAGUGUCAAAUCCUGAUUUAAUUGACCAGUGCAAAAGAGAAGGCUUUCUUCAAAGGAUCAAAGAAGAAGACGGUGAAGGGUGCAAUAUAUAUGGAUUUUUGGAAGUCAACAAAGUGGCUGGAAAUUUCCAUUUUGCACCUGGAAAGAGUUUUCAACAGUCAAAUGUGCAUGUCCAUGAUCUCCUUGCAUUCCAAAAGGAUAGUUUCAAUAUAAGCCACAAGAUCAAUAGGUUAGCUUAUGGAGACUAUUUUCCGGGUGUUGUGAAUCCUCUUGAUGGUGUGCAAUGGACACAAAAAACUCCCAAUGGGAUGUAUCAAUACUUUCUCAAGGUAGUACCUACUGUAUACACUGAUGUUAAUGGGUACACCAUACAGUCAAAUCAGUUCUCUGUAACUGAACAUUUUAAGGGAUCAGAAGCAGGUCAACUUCAGACUCUUCCUGGAGUUUUCUUCUUUUAUGAUCUUUCACCAAUCAAGGUGACUUUCACUGAGCAACAUGUUUCAUUCUUGCAUUUUCUGACAAGUGUCUGUGCAAUAGUUGGAGGGGUGUUCACUGUGUCAGGAAUACUUGAUUCAUUCAUAUAUCACGGCCAAAAGGCGAUUAAAAAGAAGAUGGAACUUGGUAAAUUCAGCUAGCUGAUCGGUUGGUAUCCAUGGUUUUGCCAUACAUGAUCAUCCAUGUAUCACUGCCAACUAACAGAAUGAGCAUGGCAUGGAGUGUCUUUACAUGUUUGCAGCCUGACUUUUAAUUACAAGAGUUUUUGGGCAUUGUACUGAGAGUAGAGAAUUAGAUCAAUCUUUUUGUUCAAUUUAAUGAGAUUUUUUCUUCUUAUCUGUAUUUGUGAUAGUAAUUUAUGCAACUAACAAAAUUCAAGGUCAAAUAUUAGAAACAGUUGGUUAAAAGAGAACCACUGCUCAAUAUCUCUUUCGAUCA